AUGAUAGUGUGCGUGGGCAUCGUGGGCCAGGCGAACAACCCGCUGUACCUGCAGAGCUUUUUGGAGGCGGACGAUCCGCUCAAGUUCCACUUUAUUGUGCACUGCUCACUAGACGUCAUCGAUGAGCGUGUGUCGACACCUCGCAGGGGGGGUGCCAAUGAGCCGUAUCUAGGCUUGCUCUAUCCCACAGAAGAUUAUAGAGUGUAUGGCUAUGUGAGCAACACGCAGAUUAAGUUCAUAAUAGUCGUUGAUGGUCUUGAUCUGAGGGAGAGCGACAUAAGAAAUUUCUUCAAGCGGCUUCAUUCAGCAUAUGUUGAUGCCACCUCAAAUCCCUUCCAUCUGUCGGUUGCUGCAGCUCCCCCAACCUCUCCUCAAUUCAAUUUCUACCGCCACCUCACCAUGUCGACCUCGCCGAGCAGCACUCAGCCCGCGCAACAGAGCUUGCUGGCGAAGAAGAUGGUCAUGGGUGGCAGUGUAGUGCUGUGGAUCGUUUUGAGCUUCUCCGUUAUCAUCUUCAACAAGUACAUCCUCGACCGGCGACUGCUCAACUGGCCGUUCCCCAUCAGCCUGACGAUGAUCCACAUGGCCUUCUGCUCGUCGCUCGCCUUCCUGCUCGUCAACGUCUUCCGCGUCGUGCAGCCGCUGCCCGGCGGCCUCAAGCCCGACACCUACUUCACGAGCGUCGUGCCCAUCGGCGCGCUUUACGCGCUCAGCCUGUGGUUCUCCAACUCGGCGUACAUCUACCUCUCCGUCUCCUUCAUCCAGAUGCUCAAAGCGCUCAUGCCCGUCGCCGUCUACCUGCUCGGCGUCGCCUUCCGCAAGGACGCCUUCCGCGCCGCCACCUUCUCCAACAUGAUGCUCAUCUCGUUCGGCGUCGCCAUCAGCGCGUGGAGCGAGGCCAACUUCAACGCCACGGGCGUGCUGCUGCAGCUCACGGCCGUGGCGUUCGAGGCGACGCGCCUGGUCCUCAUCCAGAUUCUGCUCACCUCCAAGGGCAUCUCGCUCAACCCCAUUACCAGCCUAUACUACAUCUCGCCCGUCUGCCUGCUCUUCCUCUCCGUGCCCUGGUUCCUCGUCGAGUUCCCCAAGCUCGUCCCGGUCUUGGCGGCCGGCGCGCACCCGAGCGUACUCGUGUUCGGCGUCAACUGCUUGUGCGCGUUCGCGCUGAACCUGUCGGUGUUCCUGCUGAUCGGCAAGACGUCGGCGCUGACGAUGAAUGUGGCGGGUAUCAUCAAGGACUGGCUGCUCAUCGCCUUCUCCUGGUCUGUCAUUGCCGAUAAAAUCACCACCUUCAACCUGCUCGGCUACCUGCUCGCGUUCGCGGGCGUGUGCUGGUACAACCACGUCAAGAUGCAGGAGAUGAACGCCAAGGAAGCAGCCAAGAAGCAGGCACAACAAACGGACGAGGAGGCAGGACUGCUGGAGGCCUCCAGAGAAGCUCAAAAGUAG